UCUCUCUCUCUCUCUCUCUCAUGAAAAUAUUAGAGUUACGAAGAAGACAGCGUGAACUACAAUCGUUAAACAGCCUUUUAAUAAAGCAGAGAUAUAUUCAACAAACUGACUAGCUAGAAAGUUGAAUAGCUAGCUCAUUCAAAACCUUCCCCUUGUUCUUUCUUUUAAGGUUCUUAUAAGCAAGCCCCACAGGUGGGUUAUGAAUUCAAGAUCAUUAUUAAAUCUCUUCUUCACAAAUUGGGAGCUAGCUCUUCUUCUUAACCUAGCUAAGAUUGACAUCAAGUUUGUUGUUCCGAUUAAAAGAUCGACCUCAAUAUGUGGACAAAACUUAAAGCUUCUUCAAAGAUUGCAAAAGGGAAAGAAGUGAUAAGACAAGUUCAAAAAAGCUUCAAUCUGAACGAUGAGUACCUCAGUGCAUUUAGAACCAAAUCAUAUGCAGACUUCUAUAAUAAGGCUCAAUUGCUUGUAAACGAGCCAUCAUCUUCUUUUAGUUACAGCAAUGAUCACAAAUUCUCAGAAGUCCUCCUAGAACCUGGUCAAGAAGCCAUACCUGGUAUUCUUGAAUCCGCGAUUCUUUCGAAGGUGCCUGAAUUGAAAGGCCUUAUGCUCAACUACUUUGACAUCAGUGCUGAGGCCUCAAAAAUAUGUAGCCACCUCUUAAAAAGCAUCAAACGUAUCCAAUCCAACCACCGCGUCGUUCAACAAGCACUUGAUAAAUUUGAGGACUUUUCCCCGAACAAAAUCAAAUCGAUUGUUUCUGAACUAAACUUGUUCAUUCUCCAAAACAACAUUAACCCUUUUUCAAAUCCUAAUAACCAUGACUUUGAGCUCAUUCAUGACAAGUACUCGUCGGUUUUGCACCACCUGAAGUUGAUGAGAAAAAAUGUGUCGCGGAAGAUUAAGCUCAUCAAGUUUUUCAAAAAGGCUUCUGGGAUUUGCAUAACAGCAGCUUGUAGUUUGAUUGCUAUAUCAGCUGUUGUUCUAGCCGUACAUACUCUUACUGCCUUGCUCAUGGGACCAGCUAUCAUCAGCUUCCCAUUUAAGCGCUUAAAGAAAAAGUUGAGUAGUAUCCCGUUUUUGAGAAGUAGGAUUCUUACCAAAGUCGGAGAGCAACUUGAUGUAGCCGCCAAGGGGACUUAUAUUCUGAACAGGGAUUUCGACACAAUGAGCCGACUUGUGGCAAGGCUUCAUGAUGAGGUUGAACACAACAAGUCAAUGAUUCGGUUCUGCUUGGAGAGGAGAGAGGAUAAGUUUUCGUUGCAAGUUGUGAAGGAGCUUAAGAAGAGUGAUAUUGGGUUCAGAAAGCAAGUGGAGGAGCUUCAAGAGCAUGUGUAUUUGUGUCUUGUGACGAUCAAUAGAGCUAGAGCUUUGGUCAUCAAGGAGAUGAAAAAAUCUUGCGUAGACAAUUGAUUUUAGGAGUCUAGGAAGGUGGCUAUAUAAAAGUCUUGUACAGCAUAGUAAUUCAAUAUCUGUAAAUUAUACAUAAUU